CGAACGACACGUGUCAUCCGAUAGUGCAAGUACUCACAUUCCUUUUUUUCUGAUGCUCUGGUUAUUAAUAGGAGUCCGAUGUUCUGUCCUUACGAGGAGGCUUAGAAGCAGGUCGGUCUGAGAUUCCGAGAUCCGGCGAGCUUUCGCCGGAGAAUCACGGACCGAUCGAAUUUCUAGUGCAGGUGUACAGAGGAAGAUGAGACGGAGGGGUGUGAAGAGAACCGAGGGGCUGGAGUCGGAGAUGAGAGAUAGGAAAGCGAGGAAGGAAGAGAAGAGAUUCGAAAAGCGGUUGGUGAAGUUCGACGCGUUGCCGGAGUAUUUGAAGGAUAAUGAGUACAUACUGGACCACUACAGGUCGGAGUGGCCGUUGAAGGACGCGAUUCUCAGCGUCUUCUCUUGGCACAACGAAACCCUAAAUGUGUGGACGCAUUUGAUAGGAUUUAUGAUAUUUGCGGCAUUGGCGGUGGUGAGCUUAUCCGGGAAGACAAAGGUUGAAGAUCUGGUGAUUAGCUUCUUUAGGGAUCCGGUGACAGCACAAACGAUGAAGAUGAUGAUGAUCAAAAGGAUGAACCAGUCAGGCAAUGCAUUUACGGACUCGCAAUUGAGACACUUUUCACAGCCAUCAGCCCUGAACAUGAAUGGAGAAGAUAGUUCUGAGGCUAUUCCUAUAUGGCCUUGGUUUGUUUUCUUAGCUGGAGCUAUGGCUUGCUUGGUUUGCAGCUCUCUUUCCCACCUUCUUGCCUGCCAUUCUCAACGUUUCAACUUCUUCUUCUGGCGUCUUGAUUAUGCUGGCAUCUCCCUCAUGAUAAUCUGCUCCUUCUUUGCUCCAAUCUAUUAUGCCUUCUCCUGCCAUCCCUAUUCAAGGUUGUUUUAUCUUACCUCCAUUUCUCUACUCGGUUUCCUGGUCAUUGUCACCCUUCUCGCUCCUGCUCUCUCUGCACCUCGCUUCAGAUCCUUCAGGGCUACUCUAUUCCUUUCCAUGGGUUUCUUGGGGGUAAUUCCAGCAGUCCAUGCUGUUGUUAUCCAUCGGGACCAUCCACAGAUAUUUGUGGCACUUGGGUUUGAGAUGAUGAUGGCCGUUAUGUAUGCAGCAGGAGCUGGAUUUUAUGUUAGUAGGUUUCCGGAGCGAUGGAAACCUGGUGCAUUUGACAUUGCAGGGCACAGCCAUCAGAUAUUCCAUGUGUUUGUGGUAGCAGGGGCACUUGCACAUAGUGCUGCUACACUAGUUCUUCUGAACUGGCGCCAGGGAUUGCCAAACUGUGAUGUUAGCCCUUCUGUCCUUACUCAGACAUGACUAACAGCAAUGAUGGCAGUUUUCUAUAUCCAGAUUCUGUGUAAGUUCUGCUCGUUAUGGUGUUUCUGACCUUAGGUGUUAAUCAGUUCGGCAGUAGGUCUCACUUGGUUGGAGAUGAGGAUGAUAGAGGGCUUUUUGAGGUUUUUCUCAAAGUUUUCUGGGAGGGGAUGUUAGCCGUUCUGUUCUUGGUUGGAUAUAUGAGGGUGGGGAGGGCAAGUCUGUUGUUAUUCUCUUUCUUUGCUUGCAGUAUCCAUUGCCCUGAGAGUCUGAUACUGUUUGUAUCGACAUUUCAGAAAUAUAUAAUAUUCAUAUACUUUAUCAUAUUACCCUGUUUGAGAAAAGAGUAACGCCUUCUCAUUGCUUCA